GUCCUGCGCCAUUUUGAUGAAACAGCGAGGAGACGAGCAGCCCGGAGCGCCGAGGAGGAUUUUAUGGAUUUAACUCGAAGAAUUAACCGGAUACGUAACUUUAGGCUUUUCUCGGCGAACGAGGACCGCGGACAGAAGAGGAGCCUCCGCGUGUCGACUGCGCCGCUGCUGGGUUUUGUGAGAGUACUCGACGGCUAACUUAGGGCUAGCGUUGUUAGCAUAGCGGUGUGUUGAGCACUUAGCCACCAUUGUUAGCGCAGAGGGAGCGUUAGCUAAUCUCGAGGUGUAGCAUGUUAGCCUUGGCAUUAGCUAACUCGCAAUUCUGACAUCUGCCCGGUAGAUCGCGGCUUUUCGGACACAUGCUCUUUGAGGUCGAACUGCGGUUUACACAGACUGUGGACUGUUUGCGGACUCUGGUGAUUUCUCGGUAGUGUUUUGGUUUUGGAAAAGAAAUAAGAAACUGCUGCACUCGGAAGCACAACACCACCACCAGGACUGAUGUCGAGGCGGUGAGGCCCGCUUGCUAGCGUCACUGGGUUCCCACUCAAGGACAAUUCACGACGGACUUGUGGGCCCCAUUUAAAUCCCCGUGAGAAAACCGCAAUCCAAACCCUGUGCUACAUGGACUCUCUUGGAUUUGGUGGCACCCUUGUUGCGUUCUCUCGGACUUGAAGGAACUGGCGAGGCACACGGCGCCCUUUAAUGGCGCUCUGGCCUCGCACCUCCACCAUUUUUCUUUGGCAGUGAGAAGGACCCUGUCGCAGUCUGCGAGCUGAACCCUUUCCUCAUAUGAUUCCUGUCUUUGUCCACAGUGUUCCGGCCACUUUAGAGAGGGCUUGCCCGUUGAGCUCACCUGAUUUAGCCUCCUGUGUUCAGUGUUGACGCUGUUUUUAGUUUGUUUUCAUACCAGGCCUGUGGGUUUUUGUUUUUCACCCCCCCCCCCUCUGUGCUUAAUUGACCUGUGAAAAUGUCGUGUGUUCACUAUAAGUUUUCUUCCAAACUGGACUACAACACAGUCACUUUCGAUGGGCUGCAUAUCACCCUCAACGAGCUAAAAAAGCAGAUUAUGGGCCGGGAGCGCCUCAAGGCCACGGACUGCGACCUGCAGAUCACAAAUGCGCAGACUCGUGAAGAAUAUACCGAUGAUGAAGCCCACAUCCCGAAACACUCCUCCGUGAUUGUGCGUCGCACUCCGCUUGGUGGAGUAAAGCCCGCUGGCAGGACGUUCAUUGUAGAUCGUUCUGACACAGCUGUGGUUGGACCGUCUAGACCCACGGAUUCUUCUCCUUCUAUGUCACUCGCCCAACUCGCCAAGACGGCUAACCUGGUCGACGCAAAUGCAUCAGAGGAAGACAAGAUCAAAGCCAUGAUGUCACAGUCAAACCAUGAAUAUGACCCGAUACAUUAUUCCAAGAAAGCAGUUGGACCUCCACCCGCUCACUAUACCUGCUAUCGUUGUGGAAAGGCUGGUCAUUACAUUCGACAGUGCCCCAUGCUGUUGGUCCAGGAUAAGAGUGUGGAGGGUCCUAAGCCAGUCAGGAUAAGUAAGGGGAUUCCUCAGAGUUUCAUGGUGAAAGCAGAGCCUGGCACCAAAGGAGCCAUGUUAACCAGCACUGGAGAAUAUGCAAUACCUGCAAUAGAUGCGGAAGCGUACGCACAAGGAAAGAAGGAGCGCCCCCCCUUUGUUCCACAUGACCAGUCAUCGUCUGAGGACGAUGCAGACCCAAUUCCUGACGAACUCCUGUGUCCAAUCUGCAACGACCUGAUGACGGACGCAGUAGUUAUACCCUGCUGCGGAAACAGUUACUGCGAUGAUUGUAUCCGGACGGCCUUACUGGACUCAGAGGAGCACAUCUGUUUCACAUGCAAACAAUCAGAUGUUUCACCUGAUAAUCUCAUCGCCAACAAAUUUCUACGACAGGCUGUGAAUAACUUCAAGAAUGAAACAGGAUACACCAAACUCGUACGCAAGCAGGUCCAACAGGCAGCACUGCCUCCGCCUCGUCUCCAGUUGUCCAGGCCUCUGCACUCAAGACAGCAGGACCCACUGCUGGCCAAUGUCACUCACCCACCCCCUGCAAGCGUACCAACGGCUGCACCUCAAACACAGGUUCAGCCCCCUGCACCCUCUCCUCCUGUUCCUGGUCCUGUUUCUACUGCUGCGACUGCUACUGCUGCUGCGACUGCUACUGCUACUGCUGCUGCUCCUAUUCCUCCUCAUGCUGCUGCUGUCGAAGGUCAAGAUGUUUCACCAGCUCCUGCACCUGUCGCUGACCAACAUUCUCCUAUGCACUCUACCGGCCAGGGCGAACCACCCCCACCUGGUGAAAUGGAUCCAGAACCUACUGUGAGACGAAGCCCAGAAAGUACCCCAGAAAUUGGACCACAUGGCUACCAUUUUUCUGUUGGCCUACCGCCACCGCCAAGGCCGCCACAUCCAUCAGGUCACCAGUCACGGCCCCAUCACUCUCACCGAGGGGGAGGCAGACACUGGGAGAGGUCCUUCAGAGGUAGAGGAGACCUUCCCCCUGCCCACCUCCAAACAGCUCCACCUCCUGGACCUGCUCCUCCGGUGUACCCGUCUCCAUCCAUGUACCCGCCCCCACCACAGCCCUACCCUCCUCCUUACACAUCUGGCCUUCUACCUCCUCCUCCAAUCGGUUACCCGCCCCAGCCAAUUUAUGCCCCUGGACCACCGGGGCUCAACCCUCCCUGGAUCCCACCUGGUGUCCAGCCCCCUCUACCCCACCUUGGACCCCCUCUCUGCCCCCUCUCUAAGGAAGAAUUCUACAGACAAAGGCACCGACAGGACAAAACUACAUCCAAACUGGAUGAAUUCACAAAAGACUUCCACAAAGAGCUUAUGAAGUACAGAAAUCCACCAAAGAGAAGAAGACCAUCUUAUUCCAGGUCCCGGUCAUUCAGUCGUUCACCAUUCAGCCGCUCUCCGUACACUCGCUCUAGAUCAAGAUCUAGAUCCAGGACUUACUCUUAUUCCCCAAGUCGAUCCCGCUCCCGUUCACGCUCCCAUGGGCGGUCUUUUCCACGCUCCCCUUAUUCCAGGCACAAUGGACGCAGUUACGGACGUUCACGGUCAAGGUCCCGCUCCCGCUCGCGUUCUUAUGGGUAUCGCCGCUCUGGCUCUCCGCGGUCUCCUCCUCCCUUCCGGGCCGGACCCUGGGAGGGAGCAGAAGGACCAGGACCCUUCAGGUCCCGGUCUCGCUCCCCUGGUGGCUUCCGGAACCGCAGCCCUGGUGGACGGAAGCCACCUCCUCGGGAGCUUCCACCGUAUGAACUAAAGGGACCAAGUCCUGGAGGCCAUGAUCGCUGGGAGAGAGAAAGGUAUCGACAAUGGGAAAAGGAGUACACAGACUGGUACAACAAAUACUACAAAGACUACGACAACCAACAUCCCUCACUAAAUCACAGAGGUCGCGGCAGCAGAGACAGGGAGAGGGACAGAAUGUCUCCGUUACCCAGAGAUUACUCCCCUCAGGGGAGAGGAAGAAGAGGUAGAGAAGAGAGAGGAGCUCCCCCUCACCAUCCGCCAUCCUCUUCAUCAUCAGGGACUAAGUCCAGCACAAAAGUCCUUAAAACAAAGAAAGUAAAAAAGAAGAAGCCCGGGGAGGAAUCUGAGCCAUCACACCAUUCAGCAGACAGAGGUGAUGCUACUCCUGUCAGAGAUGAACCGAUGGAUGAAAUCCCCUCAAUCAAUAAAACACCUCCCAGCUCCUCAAAACCUGCAUCUGGCUCUGGAGUCAGUAAAGCUCCUACUUCUAAAAGUCCUGCUGCACCUGCUAAGCCCUCAAACAAGACCGUAUCCAAGACCCAGUCUGAUAAGACCAGGAAAGAGAAGGCUCAGAAAGUAAAACCUAAAGUGAAGACAGAGGCUGUGAAGACAGAGGCUGUGAAGGCAAAGAACGACAAAGUAAAGAAAAAGACCCCAGAAGCAGUGGUCAUCAAAAAGAAAGACUCCUCGUCCUCCUCCUCCUCUGUCGCUAAACCGGUUAAGACCAUUAAAGCAAAUCCAGAAGAUAAUUUCAACUCAACUACCCCCAAAAAGGAAAAGAGUAAAAGCUCUACAGUGAGGCCUCCCCUGCUUAAGACCCCUCCACUCUCCUCCCAGACCCUGCCUCUACCUCAUCCUUCUCUUCACGAUGGCCCUCGACUCAGCCAUGACAUUCGGGGAAGAAGAGAUCUUCCACCAGGUAGUGGUCUCCUCCCAAUAUCCCAUCCACAUGGACUCCCGCUCAUCCAUCGACCUCCCUCUCCGGUGGACGGACGGAGGAGGAUGGGGGAGGAGGGCCGCUCUUUACUGGGACCUCCUCCUGGAAAGCUGCGGAGGAUAGAUGGACUAGGGGGUUGCAGCGAUGUCCUCUCCCACUCACACAUGUCUCACCAGCCCCCGCUCCACAGACUCCAACUCUCUUCAGACAGACCCGGUCUUCUUCCCCUGCCUGGGAGCCGUGAGAUGAUCCGAGGAGACGCAGAUCGAGGAACCAUCAGACCUCUAAUGGACCUGCCGAUGCCACUCGCCCAGAGGAGGAUCAAGUUGAACAGAGAUCUGGGGAGAAAAGGCAGCACUGAGACGUCUGCCUCAGACAGAGCACCAUUAGGUCCUGAGAAGAUGUCGUCCACAUCAGACCGAUCAGCUUCUUCCAGCGUUUCCGAAGGUGACAGAUCCAACAGUACAACAGAAGGGGCUGGACGAAAGGAGCUGUCUGCAUCUGCAGAGAGAAGAACCUCUCGCGAAAGACCAGGGAGUGCUGGAGAGAGACUGCCGUGCUCAGACCGAGAGCAGGACAGAGUCUCAGGACCAGACAGAGAUCGAGACAGAGUGUCUGGAUCAGACAGAGACAGAGGUGUGGGUUCUGAAAGAGAGAGAGAGAGGGACAGGGUUUCGGGAUCGAGCUCACAGAAAGUAGCAGCGACAGCGGAGAGAGACAGCGACAGAGAGAGGUCAGCGAGGACAGAACGAAGGACCUCCAGUAGUGGAAGUGGAGGAGGGCGGUCGGUCUGUCUGGAUAAACUGACUAUUGGUGAAAAAUCCACUACCACCAGGACACCAACGGACCAUCAGGAGAAACCAAGCGUGUCCUCCAAGGAGAGAAGUGAAGGUUCAGAAAGAGCUGCUAAAUCGGACAGGAGUGUGUCCAAAGACAGAACAGAGAGGAGUGUCCCCUCAGGAGAGAAACCAGCUGCUGCUCAGAAAGAAGCGGGGAAAGAUGGCGAAGGGUCUGUUGUGAAGGGCAAACCCAGGAUCAGUCGAAAGGUUCUGACGAGUCACAGCAGCUCCACCAGCUCUCGGUCGAGUCAGGAGACAAAGAGAAGCUCAGAAAAAGACCAGAAGAGCGUAUCCUCUAAACCUGCAGAGCUGCCCCCCAGUAGCCCUGUGAACUCCAGAGGCCGCAGCCCCAGUGUCAGCCCAGCAGCCAGCCUGGCCAGAGAGGAGCCACUCAUUCAGCCUCCUCCUCGCUCCAAAUGGGAGCGAGAGGAUGAUGAAGAAGGGCAGGAAAAUGGAGCCACUGAGCCCAAGGAGCCCUCACCGGUGCCUCAGAGGAGCCGAGGCAGAGAGGGGCAGACCGAGGCUCCUAAACCAGUCAAGAGCGAAGGCCGGGAGUCUGUCAGGGAGGAAAGGAGGGGAGCGGUGAGGGAGGAGAAGAAAAUGAGAGCACCAAGGGAAGAGGGUAAGGGUGGUAGGGUGGCACAGGCAAAUUCUGACAAACCAACCAAAUCAAAAAUGGUGAGGGAGGAGGGAAGAGGGUUGAGAGAUGAAGGGAGAUCUACAGCCAGGGAUGAGGGGAGAGGAGCGACGGGGAAGGAGGAGAGAUCAGCAGAAGGGAGAGGCGGAGGAGGACGAGAGGAGAGUCGUGGCCCAGAGCCCAGGAGACAACGUUUGUGUUCUGACCUGGGCCGUGAGACGGACGAGGCCGCCUUCGUCCCCGACUACAGCGAAGGUGAAGGCUCGGAGCCGGAGAGAGGAAGGAGCAGCCCCAGCCUGUCCGUCAGCCAAGCCUCCAGAAGUGCCAGCCCAAGCAACCCCAGCGACUCGGGGACCACCACCACUGCAGACAAGAAAAAGAAGAAACACAAGAAACACAAGAAACACAAAAAGCACAAGAAGCACGGCAGUCAGGAAAAAGCAGAGCCCAAGGAGCCCAAGGAGCACAAGCACAAACACAAGAAGAAGAAACACAAAAAGAACAAAGACAAAGAUGGGGAGGAAGAGGAGGAGAAGACGGAGAAAGCAGAAGAGCCGGUUCCAUGCUAACAGGAAGUCACCGAAAUCUGGAUCCUCCUUUGUUCACAAGGAGCGUAGGUGUUAAAUGUCCACGGCACUGAUGGCGGGUUGGUCUCUGUCCCUGCAGCUCUCCAGACCUUCACUUCACUGUGUUGUGUCUGGACUGCAGCAAAAAUGUGAGCGCUGCUGCGGUUUCUUACACGUGAACCUCUUUGGCGACGUAGGGUCAAAAUAUUGUGCUGCACUAUUGUGAUCAACCGUGAGCAAACAGAAAGGACUUGAUGAUAAUAGCCGAUCACGAAGCAGUGAAUUUAAAUAGGAGUAACAAACUGUACUCAGGGAUGUGAAUGCUUAUUUGUAGAGGAGAAAUGGCUGUUUCUCUGCCUCUGAUUUAUUUGUAAAUAGAGAUGAACUGUUGCUUCGCAUAAUAAUUUUUUCUCGGUUUGUUUUGCUCACAUCCCUCCUGUGCUGUCCAAGGCUUCAACGCUGGAUUAACCUUCAGUGUUGGGCCUUUGUAAGCUCUAUUUUUUGCAGUUUUGCAUGUUUUAGCACAUUGACUAAACUACAAAUUGUACAUUAUGCUUUCCUGCUCACCAUUUUUAAGGUAAUCAAAUUUUUUGGUCAGCCAUGGGGUUCAAUUCAUACCAUGUUUUUUUGUAUCAUUUACUAAAUUUAAAUUAAGGCGAUGUGGUUAUUUUCAUUCAUUCAAAUCUCAGACACCGAUCAAUUACGAGCUCAUGAGUGAAAUCCAGUAUCUACUCCAGAAAUGUUGAAACUCGUGGUUAGCAGUAAAGUUUGUGAAUAAUGGGCUAACAUUUGCAAAAAAACCCUCACCAGUUUUUUCCUUUAAUUUAAAGCAGACCAAUCAUGCUACACUGGAUUGUAUAAAUCUAGGAUGUGUUUACUAAAAAUAGCAAAUCAGUCUGCAUGUUUUUGUUCCAAAGGUGCAGUAGCUGUCAUGUUAUGUGAGCGCGCGUGAGUGUGUGUGAUGGUUUGAAACUGAAAUGUGACGGAAAUGGGAGAAUUUGAGGGACUGAUGUUCUUACAAGUGAGUUGUUGCUUCCUUUUUUUUUUAUUAAAAUGUUUUGACCUGA